AGUUAUCGUUAUGAAUAUCAAUAGUCGAAGGGUACAAAUUUUAUUAAAAGAACACAAUCAGUGGACAAUAAAGACAAAUGAUAAGAACGCGAUUUUACAAAGUGACCUCAACAAGCAGUUCGCACAACCUGCAGGCUAUACAAAAAGCAUGAAGAAAGCAAGAAGAAACAGAAGAAGUAUGUAAAAGGGGGAGGAAAAGAAAGCCACCAAUGCCUCGGCCUGGGAGUCCCAGUCUCCCAAUCAUUUGGCUGGGUCAAUCAACCACAAACCCAGAGAGUCAAGUGCAAGCAAUCGGUUGAAGAUUGCUUGUGAGUGGAGAAAGUGGAAGGGGAAGGGGGAAGGGGGGAAGAGGAAAGGGAAGGGG